AUGCCGUUCGGCAAUGAUCCGCCAGACUACGUCCAUUUGAGGAGCAACGAGAGCCAAAUGCAGCUGAUAACGAUUAAUGAGAAUGGCGAUACACCCACACCAAGCGGUUCGCCGUGCUUCAAUACACCGUCAAGAGAUGAACCGCCGGCGGUUAUUUUUAUUCCCGGAAAGGGAACCGCUAGAUGGUGGAAAGGUCGAACUUCGAUGGAAAAGAUUUUAAUACCCGUCGUUCUUCUUCUUUUCCUUCUUUCGGUUGUCCUUUUGGCUGUUGUUAUCAAUAUGGAUAAUUCGAAAGAAGUUUCGAAAUCGAAGAAGCACCAAGCAAGUCAAACCGAUGCCGAAAUCGCGCCCACCGAUCCUUUGAAUGUCACCACAAUCGAGACCGUCACAACUGCUCCAGCUCCAAAAGAGCCUGAUGUUUGUCAUACUCCUGGAUGUGUAAUGGCUGCCAAUCACUUUUUGAACGCGAUGAACACCUCUGUCGAUCCCUGCUCCGACUUUUUCGAAUUCGCAUGUGGACAGUGGAAUGAGCAGCAUCCGAUUCCCGAUGAUAUGUUCGGAUAUGGAACAUUUGCUUAUGCACGCGAAGAGGUCCGCCAACAGCUGCGAGUGCUUCUUGAGCAGGAGCACACUGCCAAAUCUCGAUCCAUCAACAUGGCUCGGACUGCUUACAGAAGCUGCAUGAACAAAACCGAAUUGGAUGCGCUUAAAACACAGCCACUCUUCGAAUCUCUCGACGAUCUUGGAAAAUGGCCAAUUCUGCAUGAGGACUGGAACAACACCGCGUUCAAUUUGACGAAUCUUCUAGCGAAAUCUCGUCGCGAAUACAGUGUUGAUGUAUUUUUUCAAAUUUUCAUCUACGCCGAUUCGAAGAACACAUCGCGAAAUACGCUUUUUGUCGAUCAGGCCAGUCUCGGAUUAGGUCGAGGAACUCGCGAUUACUACCUCAACUCGACAUUGUUCUCAAGUCAUAUGUCAGCGUACAGAAAGUAUUUGCAAAAGGUGGCCAAUUUAUUGAGAAACGACGCGAAUUUGACGCGAUCGGAGAGCGACAUGUUCGCCGAUAUCGAGAAGAUCAUUGAUUUUGAAAUCGAGUUGGCCAAGAUCAUUGUUGCCGAGGACGAACGACGAAACAACACGAGGCUCUACAACAAGCAUGACAUCAAAGAGCUCUACAAUCUGCUUCCCCAAGUCGAUUGGGUCGAGUUCUUCCGUCAAAUUGCUCCCAAAGAGCUCACCUAUUUGUUCAAUAAUGACACCGAAAUCAUAAUAAGCGAGAUUGAAUAUCUGCAAAAAGCUUCGAAGUUGAUCGAAUCAACCGAUUCGACACUUUUGACCAACUAUAUUCUGUGGAGAGUGGUUCAAUCGAAUGUGCGAUAUUUGGAUGAGCGAUUUGACGACAUCAAACAAGAUUUCGUUAAAGUAAUGACCGGCCAACAACAGAAUCCGCCACGUUGGAAAGAGUGCGCGAAUGUGCCAAGUACGGUACUUCCAUUAGCAGUAGGUGCGAUCUACGUGCAGUCGCAUUUUCAAGAGAGUGACAAGCACGAGGCAAUGCAAAUGAUUGUUCACUUGAAGAAUUCGUUCAUUGAUUUGGUUCGCAACAAUGAUUGGAUGGAUGAUGAGACGAAGAAAGUGGCAAUUGAGAAGGCGAACGCAAUGAUUCAUCAUAUUGGGUAUCCCGAGUUGACUAAUGACCUUGGCAAACUUGAUGUUCAAUACGAUGGGCUUGACCUCCUGCCAACCGAUAAUUACUAUCAAAUCAUGAAGAAGAGUGUGAUGUGGAUGCAGAAUCGAGAUUUUCAAAAAUUGACGAAGCCCUUCGAUAAGCAUGACUUUGAUAUUUCGCCGGCUGUCGUCAACGCCUUCUAUUCGCCCGAGAAAAAUGCGAUCACAUUUCCCGCUGGAAUAUUGCAGCCGCCGUUUUUCAGCGGAAAAUUCCCGAAGGCAGUGAAUUAUGGGGCGAUUGGAGCGGUGAUUGGGCACGAAAUCACGCACGGAUUCGAUGAUCAAGGAAGUCAAUACGACAAAGAUGGAAAUUUGCACAAUUGGUGGAGUGCCAGCUCGCUGAACGCAUUCGACGAGCGCCGACGAUGCAUCGUUGAGCAAUACGGAAACUAUACAGUACCCAAAACAACAUUCAAGGUCAACGGAAAACUGACUCAAGGAGAAAACAUUGCCGAUAACGGAGGAGUCAAAGAAGCCUUCAGAGCUUAUAAGAAAUACGUGUCGGAGCAAGGCGAAGAGCCAAGACUUCCCGGCCUUCAGCAAUAUUCCAACGAUCAGAUAUUCUUCGUCAGCUAUGCGCACUUCUGGUGCGGUAAGAAGAAGGACGCGGCGGCAAUGCAGCAGGUGCUCACCGAUGAGCAUUCUCCGGAAGUGUUUCGUGUUAUCGGCGUGCUUUCAAAUCUUGAAGACUUCGCCAAAGCUUAUAAUUGUCCGCGUAAUUCGCCCGUCAAUCCCGACCACAAAUGCGUUGUGUGGUAG